AUGGCUACCCGCGACCCCAAACCCAAGAUCGACCGACAAACAACAACGCCCUUUCAUCUCAAGCUCUUCUACCGUUUGAACGCCUAUCACAACCUCUCUGACUUCGCAAUCCGACCUAACACCUCGAGAUCAUCAUUCAGCGGGCCCGUAAGCGGCGCCAACGCAAUCCGCACACGCUCUCCUCCACCACCACCAAACCUCCCAGCUCAUCUACAAAUCUACACAUGGCAAUCCUGUACCCUCCGCGAGCUCGCGCAGCUUCUUACGUCUGCGCUGCCUAAAAUGCUACCUGACCCACCAAUCGGAACCAGAUUGUGCUUCCGCCUCAUCUACCCAGACACCAAGGGUGCGGCAAUGAUGGGCCCCGAUGCGCGAGGCAGAUAUCUAAGCAAGGAUCUGGGGAGUGUAAUUGUUGGACCGAGGGAGAGCAGCGACGAGGAAGCAGAGAAGAAUGGUGCAUCUGGAUCUGGCCCGCGGGGAUCAUUUCGACUGCAGGGAUACGAUGCGGAAAAAACGUUGCAGGAGGCGCGGUUUGUCAUCGGGGAUUAUAUCGACUGCGCGAUUUUGCCGCCGUUGGAGGAUGGGUCUGUUGCGCCGGCGAUUAGGGGGGAAAGGGGGCCAAAUGAAUACCCUGGUACAAGGAGAAACGAUCUUGAUCAGAUGAAGGAACGGCAUUCGGUUUGA